AUGAGGAAUACAAUACGAUUGCUUGCCUCCGUCAAGCCAGGCCGCUACCUCGAAGCUGGCAAUCCGACAGGCCUUACAGGUCUCUUCACCCACCCGGCUCCACGAUCCACCCUCCUCUACCUCUAUGGCGCUACCCUCGACAAGCUCAAGGCUUUCCCAGACCACUCGGUCUACCGUCAAUCCGUAGAAGCAUUGACGAGACACCGCAUGCAGAUCAUCGAGUCCAUCAAACCAGAAGGCUACGAUGAAUGGGCAAAGAAAGCCGCUGAAAAGAUCGAGAAAUUUCCUGAAGCCUUCCAGCCUGGGGCAAAUUAUAAUUACAAAUCCGCUGGUGGUCAACACUUUGUGACGGUGGAAGACAAGGGAUCUGAGGAUCAAGAAUGGACAUCAUUGGAGGGCACACGGACUAGUGAGGAGAAGGCAGCGGAGGUCGCGUUGUUGAGAAAGGGACGCCGACAAGACUAUUCGAAAGUUGUCAACUGGGAGCCCGAGCCGCCACUGGAGGCGUCACAGAUAAGCGAAGCGGAAAACCAGAUCGGAGGAGGACUGAUUGAGGAGGUUAUACAGGUGGCAGAGGGAGAGCUGAAGCUGGUGGACACCAUGGCCGAGUCCAAGGUAUGGGAGGAUAUCGAAGAGAAGCCGCCGCAAGGUCAAUGGGAUUAUUUUGCUAGAGAUCAACACACUUCGGGCACUCAGGAGCCCCCAAAUAAGUAG